AGGCGCGGGGGCGCGUCCGUCACCGGGCAGCCCCCGGCCCCGACCCGGAGGGAUGCGGAGUGGCGGUGGCGGCGGCAGCGGCAGCGGCGGAGACUGUGGCUUUAAGAGCGCGCCCGGAGCCCGGGAUCCGGCCGGGCGGUCCCUCGCCGCUGCGCACCCCCGCGGAGCCGAGCUCGGCGCUGGCCGGACGGGGCUGCCUGCUGCCGGGUUUCUGCAAUUACAAGUUGAAGCAUUGAGCCAACCCUGACAGUCUGAAGAUGUUUUAAGAGAACUUGACAUCUUUGUUUUGCACUGCUGCUGCGAACCAGGCCUAGACCUCUGCUUGAGGGUCCUUCCUCUGAAGACGUCACCAGCGUGUGGAGCCUGCCCCACACCCACCCCCUGCCAAACCACGGCCUUUACCUGUGUCUUCCGGUGUUUCCCGUGCGACCCAUCCUGUGGGAGUGCCUCGUGGGCCACCCCGGAGUUCACCCCACGCUCAGCAGCACCAAUGGUGAAGAUGACAAGAUCCAAGACUUUCCAGGCAUAUCUGCCUUCUUGCCACCGGACCUACAGCUGCAUUCACUGCAGAGCCCACUUGGCCAAUCAUGAUGAACUUAUUUCCAAGUCGUUCCAAGGAAGUCAAGGACGAGCAUACCUCUUUAAUUCAGUAGUUAACGUGGGCUGCGGGCCGGCAGAAGAGCGCGUGUUGCUAACAGGACUGCACGCCGUCGCAGACAUUUACUGUGAAAACUGCAAAACCACUCUGGGCUGGAAAUAUGAACAUGCCUUUGAAAGCAGCCAGAAAUAUAAAGAAGGCAAAUACAUCAUUGAGCUAGCACACAUGAUCAAGGACAAUGGCUGGGACUGAUCGGAGAGCAUCUACCCAACCCAGUGUCCACGUGAAUGCCAUCCAACCGAACAUUCUACCCAAGCGUGAGAGAGUGACUGAACACUUGGUUCCAUCCAUUUAGGGGCCUUGCCAUCUGGGGCAUUCUCCCACCCUGACACCAUCUUUCUGGUGACCGGCCUCUAAAUCGCUGUCUCUCUGUCUCUUU